AAAUAGUAGAAUUUCAAAAAAUAGUGGGUAGCUUAAUUGAACUUGUUGAUCAACUGGCAAAAGCUGCUGAAAAUGAGAAGAUGAAGGCCAUUGGUGCACGAAAUCUGCUGAAAUCUAUAGCAAAGCAGAGAGAAGCUCAGGAACAGCAACUUCAGGCUUUAAUAGCUGAAAAAAAGAUGCAGCUGGAAAGAUACCGAAUAGAGUACGAGACACUGUGUAAAAUUGAAGCAGACCAGAACGAAUUCAUUGACCAAUUCAUUUUUCAGAAAUAGAUGAUUUUAAGAUAAAAACAAACUCACUUGGAAACUUGACCAUUCCAGAAUCUUGAGAAUUUAAAAAAUAUGCAAUUUCUCACUGUGCGUGAAUGAAUAGAUGGUUUGUACAAAUGGAAGUGUCUUUUAAUUCAGUGUGAAUUACCCUAAAAGUGGCAAUAAGGAGGGCUUUCUAACAGAUGUAAAGACUGUUCUGUCCUUUGAUUUUAUAAAAGUUUUGUACAGUCAGUAGUUCUAAUUCAAAUUAUAGUUGAAUUAAUACUACUGUUGCUAUGUUAUGUCUCUCAUUUUUUGAAUUGUACAGCUCUUUUGAAGAAAUCAGGAAAUAAAUUAUUGUUUUCAGACUUU